CCGAGAUGGAGGAAAAGCAACAUGAAGACGUACGAAGCGCCGCGAGCCGGGUGGAGCGGCCAUCACGAGGCGUUGGUCCCUCGGGCGCAGCUUCGUCUGGAGGCAGUGGGCCUGGGCGCAAUAACGUGGUCGUCAAGGUGGGCAUGGUUGGGGAUGCGCAGGUAGGCAAAACGAGUCUCAUGGUCAAGUACGUUGAAGGCAAGUUCGAUGAGGACUACAUCCACACACUGGGCGUCAACUUCAUGGAGAAGACCAUCGCGUUACGCAACACGGAGAUCACGUUCAGUAUCUGGGACUUGGGUGGCCACCGCGAGUUCAUCAGCAUGCUACCGCUUGUGUGCAACGACGCGGUCGCCAUUCUCUUUAUGUUUGACCUGUCCCGGAAGGCCACACUUACGAGUAUCAAGGAGUGGUAUCGUCAAGUGCGCUCUAUCAACAAGAAUGCGUUCCCGUUCCUAGUGGGAAUGAAGUACGACCAUUUUGCCAACUUUGCCGCGGAAGAACAGGAAGAUAUCACAAAACAGGCUCGCAAAUUUGCUAAGGCCAUGAAGGCGCCGCUGAUCUUUACGUCGGCCUCGCACUCCAUCAACGUGCAGAAAGUGUUUAAAGUAGUAUUGAGCAAGGUGUUCGACCUUAAGUGCACGGUUCCCAUCAUCGACCGCGUUGGUGAUCCCAUCCUCCAGUACUAA